AUGGCGGUGGCGCUGGACGCAGUGUGUGUGCGGGUGAAGGGGGUCUGCAAACAGAACGGGCUGCUCAUCCUCUCUGUCCUGGCCGUCAUCAUCGGCUGCCUGCUUGGAUUCUUCCUGCGCACCAAGCAGCUCUCUGAGCAGGAAGUGAAAUACUUCCAGUUCCCAGGUGAACUCCUCAUGAGGAUGCUGAAGAUGUUAAUUCUGCCGCUGGUUGUUUCCAGUCUCAUGUCAGGUCUGGCGGCUUUGGAGCCAAAGUGCUCAAGCAGGUUAGGUCUCAUCACCAUCUCCUACUACCUCUGGACCACGUUUCUGGCAGUGGUGGUCGGCAUUGUCAUGGUUCUGAUCAUUCACCCAGGGGGCGUGGCCCAAAAAGAGGACUCAGAAGACAGCAGCAAACCCAUCAUGAGCUCGGCUGACGCCCUGCUCGACCUCAUACGGAACAUGUUUCCUGCCAAUUUGGUUCAAGCUACAUUUCAGCAGUACCGCACUAACAGCGUCCCCGUCAGGAAGACUCUGAAGACAACAGAGAGCUCGAGUGUGACACGUCGCACACUCAUCUACAAUCUCCAAGACGACAACGACAACAGCGAAAAUGGCAGCGACAUCCGCAACUUCCAGCUUGACCUGACACCUCCGCCUGACGUGGUGAUGCGCACACAGCCUGGUACCAGCGACGGCAUGAACGUCCUGGGCAUCGUCAUCUUCUCUGCUACUAUGGGUAUCAUGUUGGGCAGGAUGGGUCCUAACGGCAGUGCGCUUGUUAACUUCUGCCAAAGUCUUAAUGAGGCUGUGCUCAAAAUUGUAGCCAUUGUUAUCUGGUACUUUCCAUUUGGGAUCGUCUUCCUGGUGGCCGGAAAAAUCCUGGAGAUGAGCGAUCCGUCGGAUAUGGGAAAGAAGCUGGGAUUCUAUGCCAUUACAGUGGUGAUGGGUCUGAUCCUGCAUGGGCUCUUCAUCCUGCCCAGCAUGUACUUCUUCAUCACCAAGAAAAGCCCCAUCGUUUACAUCCGUGGAAUCCUGCAGGCUCUGCUUAUCUCACUGGCCACUUCGUCCAGCUCAGCCACACUUCCUAUCACGUUUAAGUGCCUGCUGGAGAAUAACCACAUCGAUCGCCGCAUCAUCCGCUUUGUGUUGCCUGUAGGUGCCACUAUAAACAUGGAUGGCACAGCACUCUACGAGGCUGUAGCUGCCAUCUUCAUUGCUCAGGUCAACAACUACGAGCUGGACUUUGGCCAGAUCAUCACCAUCAGCAUCACAGCCACAGCGGCGAGUAUCGGAGCAGCGGGCAUCCCACAGGCUGGCCUGGUUACCAUGGUAAUCGUGUUGACCUCAGUUGGUCUUCCAACUGAUGAUAUCACACUCAUCAUCGCUGUGGACUGGGCUCUGGACCGGUUUCGUACUAUGGUGAACGUAAUGGGAGACGCGCUUGCUACAGGAAUCAUGGCACACAUCUGCAGGAAGGACUUCAUGCAGGAGGGAGAUGGAGUUCCUCUCAUCUGCGAGACGAAACCCGUCCAGACCCAGCAGCGGAUGAACUGCCAGCAGAAAAACGGCAGUUUCCAGCCGCUUCCUGCAGGAGGCAAGCCUGAGCUGGUUUCCCCGGACGUGGCUCGCCUCAUGCAGCUGGAGGAAGGAGUGCGACCCCUGCCUCCUGAGAGGAAGAUCCCCCCGGUGCCUCCACGCCACCUGAAACACAAGGACAAGGAGCACUGCUCCAUCGACAUGAACGGCCUCGAGACCAAUGUAUAAUGGCCGUGAUGGAUCACUCGGACGUGAAGGAUUGCACGGAUUAACGGAUUCGCAUGUUGCUAUAGUUUGACUCGGGUUUAUGUUUCUUUCUUACGGAACAGCAUACAUAAAUUUUUGUUUUUUUGUUUUUUGUGAAACCCAACCUGUGAAUUUUACACAGAAUCAAGUUGGAUUUUUGGAAAAUGUGGUUUUCCAACUGACUUUUCUUAUUUCUUACAGCUCUAACAAGCUAACUCAUGCUAAUGUCUUCACCCAUGCCGAUUCAUCUCACUUGUCUAGAGUGGGCAUGGCCUAGACAGUUUUUUUUUUUUUUAUUUCCCUGAGAAUUAAUACUCACCAAACUUCAGGUACAGUAGGAAUUACUGUACAGUUGUUAUUGAGGAAGUGAAGAAACGUUGGAUCACAUGUGCUGCAGGAUUGGUCUGAGGAAUCAAAGCUGCCAAUAAACAGCAUAGAAUUAAGAACAUCUCUAUUCUAGCGUGAGGAUGGAUGAAAUCAUGGCUCUGUUUGGUUACGUACAGAGAAAACAAUCCAUUAGUUUGUGGUUUGCUUGUGUGAAGGCAGGAUGAUGCGCCUCAGGUGUCUCCACUGGGUGAAGAACCUUCAUCACACAGAUAUCGAGAGCUGUGAUCCUGUGAGGAUAAAUCAGACAAAAUUUAAUCCUUUGGCCCAAAAAUCAGCCUGACUGUUCCUGUGCUAAUCACAUGCUAAUUUAGCCUGACGUUGCUGUUCAAGCUAGCGGGAUAGAAAUGAAUCAUGCUAACCAACCAGUGCUGCAAGAUAAAAUAAGAUCAGACCCAAAAUCAUUCUGCAGAGACUAACAACAGUGAACUCUAACAACCGUGGAAUACUGUACUGCCUGGUUUGUGCUAGCAUGCUAAACGCCAUUAAUAACUUAUACAACAUCCAGUCAUGUGGUCAGACAUCAGUCCGAGUUAAAGACAUGCUAGCAGCUAGCAUGAACACGUUUGGGAUCUUUUCUGGUUCCUGGAUCCAACCUGAAGCAGAAACUUAAUUUAAAAUUUUUUGGAUAUUUAAUCUGUUUAUAAUAUGUAUUGAGUUACUUUUUUUUUCUUCCUUUAUGUAAUUUAUUAGUUAUCUAUUUUUCCUGCUGCUCAUUUAAUCUCAGUGCGAUGUUCUUCCUAAUUGUCUUCUUCACCUCGUAGAAAAACGUUUCCCGUCAGCUGCACCGUGAACCAAAACAAAAUAAAAUCACUGGAUUCGACUCGUGUAGCACCAUGUAGCCUGCUAUGCUAAUUCUCUCUGUUUUUUAAUAUUCUAGACAGAAAAAUUGUACAAGUGUACAAAAGCUUCAUUUAAAGUGACCCUGGAUACAGAUCUCCUUCUAGGUGACUUUGUGGAACCGAAUGGCAGAAUAAUUUAAAUGUUUUAUGCAAAUGUUUUUGAUGAAUUUGUGCAGCUGAGUGUAAAAACCCUGCAGAUGUAUUUGAGUGUUUCUGCCUGUGAGUGAGGUGUGAAAUUUCUGCGUAAAAACAUCAGUAAAAGAUGACGGAUACGCAGAUUUAAUGGAAGUGAAAUUGUCUGAAGAUCACGAGAAGAAGAAAAACGCGUUCUCUCAGUGUUUUGUUGU